CAGAACAACAUUUACGGUGGAUGAGGAGUUAAGCUGUGCGCAGCGGCACAACAGCUUCAUCUACACAUUCAUUCUGUUCUGGUAGUCAUGUUUCCAAAGUCUUUUCAAUCCCUGGCUUUUGAAAAAGUGUCCUUUGUGGUUUUCAUCGUGACCUGUGGCAUCACGGUGACCUCCCUACCCACUGACAUCGAGAAGGGAAGAAGAAAAGUGGUGCAUGUUCUCGAGGAUGACAGUGGGGCGGUCAUUGUGCAAACAGCUCCUGGUAAAGUGAUUACACAUCGCGGUGGCUCCAUCACUCUGCCGUGCAGAUUCCAUCACGAGCCAGAAAACACUGACCCCGCUCGCAUACGCAUUAAAUGGACCAAAGUGACGGAUGCACUGCAGUUUGAGGACGUCUUUGUAGCACUUGGAAGGCAGCAGCGAGUGUUUGGCCCUUACCGAGGCCGUGUGUUUCUGGAGCAGGGAGGUCCAGGCGAUGCCUCAGUCAUCAUCCAAAACGUCACUCUGGAGGAUUACGGACGCUAUGAAUGUGAAGUCACUAAUGACAUGGAAGAUGAUACAGGAUUUGUGAACCUUGAUCUAGAAGGGGUGGUGUUUCCUUAUUACCCCCGUGAGGGGCGCUAUAAGCUCAACUACCACCAGGCUGAGGAUGCCUGCAAACAGCAGGACGCCAUUCUGGCCUCACACUCUCAACUGCACAAGGCCUGGCUGGAGGGACUAGACUGGUGUAAUGCUGGGUGGCUGGAGGACGGCUCAGUCCAGUACCCCAUCUCUCAUCCCAGAGACGAGUGUGGCCGCAAGGACACCCCAGCUGGUGUUCGUAACUAUGGCUACAGGCAUAAGGAGGACAAACGCUAUGAUGGUUUCUGUUUCACAUCCAAGCUGAAUGGCAAAGUGUACUUCCUCAAACGCUUCAAGAAGGUGAACUACGCUGAGGCCACGAAGGCCUGCAUCCGAGACGGUUCUGUGGUGGCCAAAGUGGGUCAGCUGUAUGCAGCAUGGAAAUUCCAGCUCCUGGACCGCUGUGAAGCCGGUUGGCUGGAGGACGGCAGCAUCCGUUACCCCAUAGUAAACCCCCGCUCUCGCUGCGGAGGAUCCCAGCCAGGUGUGCGACACCUUGGCUUCCCCGAUAAAAAGUUCCGCCUCUAUGGGGUCUACUGUUUCCUCAAGAAUAAGGAUGAAAGAGAAGGAGGCACUGACAUGAAAAGAAGCCCUACAGAAAGCUUGACAAAGAGCAAGAGCAGCAACAACAUCCCCAUGAAUGCCACUCGAGUGAUUUAAAGUGGAGUGCAGGGGGGUAAGAUUUUAGAUUUAGCUGUAACUGUCGCCUAGGGUGAUUUUCCAUUUUGUCUAAAGCCAGUCAAUCAUCUUAAGGAGUAUGUUAGCUAAUCUGUCAUCAGGAAAGUGUUAGAUUAAACAGCAGCCAUUAAACCCUUGUUUACAUGUUUAAAUGUGUGUGUGAGGACUGAGCCUCAGUCAGAGCUAGAAUCUCAGUGCCAGGGUGAAAGACAUUAAUUAGCUGGUGAGAUGAGAUGAUCUGCUUCACCAUACAAAAAAAAAAAAAAUCCAAGAUACCGUGGUAGGGUUUUGAUUGUACGAAGUGCAAUUGCCUGCAACGGAAGCCAUGCUUGGCUUGCAACCCUCUGGCACAAUUGUGACUCAUGUUUCUCAUUAACUAAGACCUGGCAAUCUCAUUAUCAUCAGAGCUGCACAAGCCAAGCAGUAAAUAUUGCACUAGCUCUUAAAAUGUUUGCACUUUAACUGCAUAGGACUACAUUUUAGUACAGCAUUUUAGCUUGAACUUUAGCAAGCAUGUAUUAGAGAGUAGUCACCAGGGCUGAAUCAGCAAAAAUGCAAAGCUAAAGCAAAUGCUAUUUACCUCAUUAUGCUGCACUUCUGAGCUACUUGGAUCACCAACUGCACUAUAAAUGUUACCUUUAUCUCAGAGAAUGUUUGUCACCAUAGAAUGUUCUGGGGA